AUGUCUUCAUCCCCAAAGGGGGCCGAUCCGGGUCUCUCGACAGCUUCGCCCAUCCGCGAAGGACGUACCACUUUCCGCCAGGACCGGCGAUGCAUCCUCAUUUGUUUCUUGGUGUCCCUCGCCUCCCUGCAGUAUGGCCUUGAUUUGGGUGUCAUCAACUCAGCGCAAGCUAUGAAGGGCUUCCUCAAGGUUUUCGGCCACCCGAAUCCCAAAGCUCCAAACGGCUAUGGUAUCGCUCCUUCCUUUCAGCAGUCUAUCACAGCCAUGAUGAACGUUGGUGUCAUUCUCGGUUCUCUGUCCUUGGAAACAUUUGCCCACUACCUCGGUCGACGCCGCGAUUUCCUGGCCGCUGCUGUCUUCUGCGUCGGCGCCAAUACGAUUCUGAUCGUCUCCACCAACAAGGGGGCCGUCAUUUUCGGACGACUCUUGUUUGGUUUUUCAAAUGGUCUCUUCCUCGGGUUCACAAACAUCUACAUCUCCGAGGCAGCUCCUUCGCACCUGCGAGGAGCCUUGAUUAGUUUCCAGCAGCUCAGCGUGUGUAUCGGUACUGUCAUCGCUUCUGUCGUGAACAACCGGACCAAGGCACUAGAGAGCCGGCUUUCGUACCAGAUUCCACUCUUCACUCUGUACGGCGUCCCCGUAUUCUGCUUCAUUCUCGCCUUUUGUAUCCCGGAGUCGCCGCGUUGGCUCGUCCUUCGAAACCGCGACGACGAGGCAAUUACACAUCUAGCCCGCCUUCGUGGCUCCCAGUAUCCGCGCGAGGUAGUCGAGGCUGAACUAAAGCAAAUAAAGGUCGCAGUCGAAGUCGAAAGAGAGCUUAGCGUUAGCAGGUGGGCUGCAAUGCGGCUGAUGUUUUCCGAUGCCGAACUCAGACGAACCCUCCUCACAAUCGCCGCGGGCACAAUGCAUGGCGCAUCCGGAUUUCCCUUCAUCGCGAAUUAUAAGACAUAUUUCUUCCAAGUCUCUGGGUCGAAAGAUGCCUUUAUAGACUCCAUCAUAGUCACUACCCUCUCCAUUUCCGUUCUUAUGUUGGUCAUUGGCAUCGUAUGGACCACAAUUCCCGGCACCCCAACUUCGGGCAAGAUCAUCGUCGCUAUGAUUGUUAUAUAUCAGUGCUUCUAUUCGGCCGCCGCCGGCCCAACCGUCUUUGUAGUAGCAGGCGAGAUCCCCAACAACCGUCUCCGAGCUAUGACUUAUGGACUGGGCAACGGCAUCGGUUUCAUCGCGAAUUUCCUUAUUGCGCUCACCACGCCGUACUUUAUCAAUCCGGAAGCGCUUAACAUUGGUGCAAAAGACUACGAGUGUGUCGGCUUUGAAGACCACCGCGCUGCGGAGGAAAAGGCGGCCGUGAUUGAGGAGGAAAGAAAUGUAGUUUCUCCGGCGAGCUUGAGAGAGUCGGCCUCGAAGGCUUGA